AAAAACUUUUUCUAUCGAAGAUACUGAAAAUGCAAUUAACUAUUGGACACAAGAAAGAAUGCUAAAUGCUAAACCUUUACACCUACGAAAUAGCCCACCUAGAUUUAAAAAUAAGGAUAUAAAAAAUACCAAAAAAGGUACUGAUUUAGUAAAUAUUAAUGAUGUUAUUAUUGCAGAAGAUGACAAUCCUCGUGCAGUUGGAGCAUUAUUUAUGAAGAAUAAUGGCCAAGAUUCUAUUUGUACCGCUAGUUUAAUUGCUACUGAUGAGAGAAACAGUGGAAUGACUGCAGCACAUUGCCUUACAAAUCGUGGUAGCCAUUCUUCAAGUAUUGCUAUUCCAAUUAUGUAUAUAAUCUCAGCUGGAGAGUAUGAUGAUUAUGCUGCUUUUAGAUUAGAUUUUCAGGGUACAACUCCAAAAGAUCCGGUGCCAAUAGUUACAUUUGGAUAUCCGUCUGAUGGUGAUAUGGAUU